AUGGACAGUGGUGCAUCGCCUCUGGCUUCUGGUAGCGACACGUCAUCUGACUUUCCCGUUGCUCGCCUCGAGUAUACAUGCUCGCGAGGUGGCCGAGUGCAAAAAGGUUUGAUAUCUGUCUCCAAAGACGACAUCUUCAAAGUGGGAAGAGACCCUAGAUCAAAUGACUUUGCCGUACAAAGCGACCACGAGAGCUUGAUUUCAAGAAACCACUGCGAGUUUUAUGCUGUGGUGUACGAGCCUGGCGUCAACUUUGUCUACGUCCGGGAUCGGAAGUCUUUCAACGGAACGUAUGUAAACGGCAACAUCAUAGGCAAAGGACCAGACAUUUCAUCGGGGUAUCUCCUUGAAGACGGCGAUACGAUCGAAAUUCUUCCAUAUUGGAAAUUUACAUUCCGACAGCAGAGCGGACCUCCACGGAUUGAAAUGAACAGGAUACAGCUGGCGGAGUCCAGGUUAUUUUCAGACAAGUACUCAAUAACGGAGCGUUGUAUCGGACAAGGUACAGAUGCAAAUGUGUAUUUGGCCCAUGACUUGGUCGCAAAGCGUCAAAUUGUAUGUAAAGUGGUGAACCUCGACGAGUAUCAAAACCGCUUCGAUCGCGACGGAUGCGCUAGGAAGCUUCAAGAGGCUGAUAUUCUUCGUCAAUUGAGACAUCCGAAUAUCCUGCCAUAUAUUGAAUCAAUCUCUUCUCCUCAUUCACUCUUUAUUUUCACGGAACUAGCUUCCGGAGGGGACUUGAUGUCCUUCAUCAACAGGCACAACGGAGUGAGAGAAUUUGAUGCCCGAAUUAUAAUUAGACAGGUAGUCAGAGGGCUGCAUUACCUCCGCAGCAAAGGGAUCAUCCACCGCGACCUCAAACCUGAAAACAUUCUGCUGGCCUACUCGCCAAAAAUUGCAUACCAUCGAGUGAUGCUAUCAGACUUUGCCACAAGCGCGGUGCCGAAUAGGAGCAGAAUGAAGACAGUCGUUGGUACUACGAACUAUCAAGCGCCGGAGCUCUUUGGCAGCCGCUCUGAUCAAACUCCGGCAAUUGACAUGUGGUCACUAGGCGUAGUUGCUGCCAUAAUGCUCACUGCAAGCUUGGAUAUAGGAAACAUCAUUCCGAAGCUGAACCGGCUUAGUCAAGAUGCUCUGGACCAGACAUUGAAGCAAGACAUUCUUCAACCGUGUUUGAAGCUGUCCAAGAAUGGCAAGACCUUUGUGUGGAAAUGUCUUCAGAUAUCCCCAGAGACUAGACUCACUGCUCUCGAGGCAGGAUGCCACGACUGGCUCUGUACUCCCGAAAAGCACUUGCUCUUUUUCCAACAGCUCGAUCAAAGGAUCCUGGGCAACUGGAAAGCCCCAACCGAGCUCAAGCCAAUGCCGAUUCAGCUGCCAAGUGUUUUGCUUGGGCCAUUGACCAAGGUUCAGGAUGCAGAAGCUUUUUUCAAGGCUUAUUCAAGUCUUUCCCGGCACUAUCCUCUGGUACAAACAGAAUUUUCACAAUAUUUUCGCUCUGAAAUACUCGAUAGUAAUCCGAACGGAGUUGUGGGUGAAAAGAAGCUCCCCACAAUAGCGGAGUCUACAAUCAUGAAAGGAACACCAAAAACCACAACCUCAAGCGAAGAUAGUUCAGAGGAGACAAGAACUAACUCGACAGUAUCAUCCGAAAACGAUCUCCCGCGGAGACACAACUCUGACUUGGGGAUACAGAAACGAAAGCAUCCGGAAGAAGGGUGUCACAAUACGAAACGGCAAGUUAUGCGCCGCCAAGCAAAAGAUCUCUGA